AUGGCUGGAAGAGUCUGGCAAGUGGAGAAUAGUGUAAAACUGAUUAUCUUAUUUGGCAUGUUAAUAGUUGCCCCCAUUAGAGCAGAUCCAGAGACCAGACUUUUAGCAUACGGAUGCAGCUCUGUCCCCAACAGCAAUGUCACACUCUUUGCGGAAAAUUUAAAGGCGGCUCUCGAUUAUGUGGUGCAAAAUGUUGUUCCAUCUGGAUUUGCUUCAAAAGAUGUGGGAGCAUCAGAUCUGGAUGAUUCAGUAUAUGUUCUGGCGCAGUGUAGAAAGGAUAAGUCCGCUGCUGAUUGCGCUGACUGCAUCAAGGUAGCAACAAAACAAGCUAGCAACUGUACCAGUGUUACCGGCGGCAGGGCAAGCUACGACGGAUGUUUAGUGCGUUUCGAGAACGAUAAUUUUUACAAUGAUUACACUGAUGAUGGAAAUAAACAGGUGUGCGGUGAUGCCAACGUGAGCUCCGCCAAUUCAUUUUCGGCAACUGCUCGAAGUUUGAUAAGCGAUCUUUGCGCCGCAACUCCACGGAUAAAAGAUUAUUUUGCUGCGCAGACGAGACAAGGGCCGUCUAAUACAACAAUCUAUGGACUUGCCUCGUGUAUACGUUCCCUUCAAAUGGAUUCCUGCCAAAAGUGCCUCGCCAUUGCCCUGGACAACAUAAAUAAGUGUUUUCCUCGCUCCGAAGGACGGGCUGUAGACGCCGGCUGCUACUUGCGAUACGAUUCAAACCCCUUUUUUCCAAGCAACGCGACUAUCGACUUGAAACAUUUCUUACCCAGAGGGAAGGAGGUGAAUUCUACAGUAUGGAUAAUAAUUGGUGUUGUGGGAGGUGUAUUCGUACUUGGCCUUAUAACUUGUCUUCUUGUCUUCGGAAAGCAGAUAAUGGGCCCAAGCCAGAUACAAGUGGAUACUGAAGGAGCAACUGAACUUCGUGGGCCGGGAGAUUUUGACUUCAAGAUACUGAAAAAGGCAAGCAACAAUUUUGAUGAAGCAAAUAAGCUUGGAGAAGGAGGGUUCGGUCAAGUAUUCAAGGGUACUUUGAAAAAUGGCAACGUUGUGGCAAUAAAGAAGCUGACACUAGGUCGUUCUCCUAGCGCAAUUUCUGAAUUCGAAAGCGAAGUCAAACUCAUUUCUAAUGUUCAUCACAGAAACCUUGUGCGCUUACUUGGAUGUUGCAGACAAGGCCAAGAAAGGCUCUUGGUUUAUGAGUACAUGCCCAACAGCAGCCUUGACAGAAUAUUAUUUGGAGAACAUACAAAAUCCUUGAGUUGGAAGGAAAGGUUCAAUAUUAUCUUGGGCACUGCUCGUGGUCUGGCCUAUCUCCAUGACGGAUUCCAUGUUUGUAUCAUCCAUCGUGAUAUUAAAUCAAGCAAUAUAUUACUUGAUAACAACUUUCAGGCAAAAAUAGCAGAUUUUGGUCUGGCAAGACUUCUUCCACAUGAUAAAUCUCAUGUUAGCACAAAAUUUGCAGGAACCUUAGGAUACACGGCUCCUGAAUAUGCUAGCCAUGGACAAUUAACAGAGAAAGCUGACACCUACAGCUUUGGUGUGGUGGUUCUUGAAAUUGUCAGUGGCAGAAAAAGCAUUGACUUGAAUCAGCCACCUGAUAUGCAAUAUUUGCUUGAAUGGGUUUGGAGUCUGCACGAAGAAAACAAGGUUUUAGAGGUGGUCCACAAGGAAGAGAAGAUGGAAGGGUAUGAUGAAGAAGAGGUGGUGAGGGUGAUAAACCUUGCACUUCUAUGCAUACAAGGUUCCGGCAGUCGUAGGCCAUCAAUGUCCGAGGCUGUGACAAUAUUGUUAAACAAAGCUGAAAUUGAUUUUCAGACACCUCUGCAGCCAGCUUUCGUAGAUGUGGGGUACAAAGUACGUGGAGAAUACCCUUUAUCUGAAUCAAAUGCUAUGAUUACAGAAUCCCUUUGCUCACGUUAG